AGAAAGCAAUGGGGAAUAAGUGUAAUAAACAUUCCGGGAAUAAGGAGAGGGGGACAGAAAACGAGAGGCAGAAUCAAAUCGCGAUCAGAUGUAACGAUACGUUCUCUCUGAAACCCAACGAAUUCAGAUUUCGAUUACGACCUUAUUUUUCUUUUCAGUGAUCAUACAAGAUGUCAGAGGGGCAAUCGAGGUACGUAAAGUUGACGAAAGAUCGAGGCCAAUUGCAAGAUAUCACUCCCGGCGAACUUAAUCAACCCGUUGAGGUUCCAUCGUUAAACGUUCACAGAUGUCAAGAAUGUGGACAAGUCCUUCCUGAAAGUUACGAGCCCCCUGCAGAUGAAGAUUGGACAACUGGAAUCUGUAGUUGUGUCGAAGAUACUGAAAGCUGCUGGACUGGAUUAUUCUGCCCAUGUGUUCUAUUUGGGCGCAAUGUUGAAGCAAUGAGAGAUGACAUUCCUUGGACCAAUGCUUGUGUUUGUCAUGCUAUGUGUGUAGAAGGUGGAAUGGCUGUUGCAGCUGCAACAGCAUUUAUCAAUGGUAUUGAUCCUGACACAUCGUUUCUCAUCGUUGAAAGCCUGCUUUUCAUGUGGUGGAUGUGUGGCAUUUAUACUGGCCUGUUUCGGCAAUCUUUGCAGAAGAAAUAUCAUCUCAAGAAUUCACCUUGUGAUCCCUGCCUGGUGCAUUGCUGCAUGCAUUCGUGUGCCAUAUGUCAGGAGCAUCGGGAGAUGAGGAGCCACCUAUCUCAUGAUUCUCCCGUAUCGGCAACCGUCACUAAUCCACCGCCAGUUCAACAGAUGACUUCUGGUGAGAACAAGGAGCCUGCACCAUCUUCUACAAACACUUCUGGGCACAGCAACUUGGAAUUGCAGCCUAUUUAGUAAUUUGCUAUUUACUGAGGUCAAAGAAUAUCCAUCCUUCUCUCUGUUUCAUUGUUUUGUUUCACAUUGAAUUCAUUCUUUUGUCUUUUUAAUCAACGCAAGCAAAUAUGGUGUCAUGAUGCGUGUCAGUACUUGCAUUCUUUUAGGUAUUUGAAAGGAACAAGUAUUGUUUUGGUACAGGUUUUGUUCGUUGUAGCAAUAAAGUGCACAUUGACCUCGGCAUCAAUUAACAAGUAACAUUUUUUUUUAUAGAAUCAUUGUAUGUAUAAUACAACUUUCAUAUAUUUGAGAAAUUCUUCCCUUCAAAUGUUGUUCCAUCUCAUUUGCACACCAUUCAAUUAAAUGACUCA